AUUGCAGUCUGUUUAACAGUCAGGGACGCAUCUAUGAUUGCAUAGCUGAUAUGAACCGCCCAAUUCCCCUGCACAGAUGCUCACCGCAUAGCGCCUGUUUUACAUCUGUAACAAAACCCAACAUGGUCCUGAAUUAUGAUUGUCACGUCUCCAGUCAGCAAUCACCAACCAUAUCACCAAAGUCACUUGUGCAGGGUAGCAUGAAGCUAUAGUCGUGCGAUAGUAGUGCGACUUUACACAAUAGGCGCCGUGACAGGUCUUUCUAUUCGAGGGGAUCGACACGAACAUCACUAGCAAUGCCGAGCUACCUAACGUCACACGAAGACGAGCAUCCCAUUCGAAGACUUUGGCACAUCACAUGAUGAGAGGAAGAGUGGGAAAUUCCACAUGGUUCAGGGCCCGACAGCCUGGAUGAUGCAGGCAACACACACAAUUGGGCCUCAAAGUGCCCCCCACUGACUAGACUACAUCGUCUAUGCCGUUAGUUGAGUGAUUGAAGAGUAUCGUCACCAAUCGCCGGGUCAAUGGUUGUUGGUUUGACCCCGCAGAUCCAGGAACGUGUGAGUCGGACAAGACCUCUCUUGUGACGGCGAAAAGCAAGGAUCGCCCCGCCCCGCUUGGGACCCUUCAACGGCAGAAACGAGACAACCACAGAGAAGCUUAAAGCGAGAAAACAUUGCAGUGCAUCCCGGCAUCUAGGAUUCCAGAGCCAGCGAUAGGUUAUGGAUGUGGGUAUUGGUGGUUGGUAGUGAGAGCUAUUGGCCAAUCAGACAAUGGCACACUAUAUCGCUCAGCGGUUAGCCAUCCAACCACAGCUCGGAGAUGGCCUCGUCACACUUGGGCCCUCACAUAUCGCCUGCAACCACUCUGUUGCCAUCACCAAGGGUAUCGAGCUAUUCUCAGACGUAUUCUCAUGCAUUCGGCCGCUAUUCGACGACCGCCAGUUGACUGGCGUUGUCUGCUCAGCGACUCAGCGUCCAGCCCUGGAUAGCUCAGCGGCUAACGCAGAGUGAUAGACGAUCAUGACCCAGCCCGCUAUAUACCCCGUUGAGACCGCAAGUUCCCUCUUCCGUGCAUGAUGUUCUUCUCUAGUGUUUCGUCUCAUCGUGUUCAGGAGGUCACAUCGCACAAGCUGGCUCCUCCAUAAAGAAUAAGUGUCUCGCCUUGACCUCGUUUCCCACGAUGCUUCUCGAGGGUGCUCGCUACUCACUACAACUCGGUCUACUUCUGCCUCUGUCACUCAUUACAACAGCUCAGCCUGAGCCUGUUCUAUCUUCGAUACUCCAAGCCCGGGACACAGAUAAGCCUUUACCAGGAGGACCAAUUGACACAACCUAUCUGCCAGCCCAGAUUGGUGGUAUAAUCGGAGCAUACGCUGUAUCAUUGGUGCUGGUCGCCAUAACACUGCUUGCCCUAUCAAAGAAGCGACGCGAACAUAUUGCAGCUGGACUUGACGAGGUCGACUUUGAAGUCCGGAAAGAUAUCGUCAGUCCCGACUUUCCUCCAACAGCUGUACCUACAUCUCUGAAUAUCAUCACGGACACCGAAUUUGUCAAACCGAGCUUCCAGGACUCGCACGAAGGAAAUCCAUACAUCUAUCCAUCGCCGGCUUCAAGUAUUGGAGCCCCCGGAACUAAUCCUUUUGUCGAUCCCCGUGUUGUGGCAGUAGACAGACUCAUGGCUCAAUCUCAGCUUGAAGACAUGUACAAGCAUGUCCUGGAGCAUGAGGAUGCAAAGAAGCGAGGAGUUGUUUACGAUGUUCCUCUUCCUCCCACUGCUCACCACCAACCACGCCCUUCAGCCUCGGCUUCCGUACUCUCUCUGAAAUCUUCGACAUCCUCGCCAUCGAAGAAGGAGAGGAGCAAGCCAGCAACACUCAACCUUUCUGCUUCUCGCGAGGAGAAGAGCCAGUCAAGGACCUCCUCAUUUCUCUCAGCGCUACGAUCACCAAAGAAGAAGCAGAUGAAGGGCAUGAGCAUCUCAUCGCCUCUCAUGACCCCUCAAUCGGGUGAAUUUCCUCGCUAUGAAGGACAGGAGAUGAGCGCGAUUCCUCCCCGGCAUUAUGCUCCGGCUGCUCCUCCUCCGGUCCCUACUAAUCAGGUCCCGUAUGGUUCACCGGCCCUGCCGCCAAAGACCCAUGCGUCGCUUCCGACCCCGGACAUCUCGCCCGAGAGUGUUUUGAGCAUCGAUGAACGUAUCGGAAGUCAACUUCCUUAUCCUGGCCACGCCCGUACCGUAUCGCAUGCACCCAGCGAGCGUGAUCCUGAGUCAGCAACUUCGGAACACUCUCAAGCACCACUGGUCGGCCUGCCAUCGUCUCCCAAGCCCGGUUCAAGGUUCCCGUCUCUUCCCGCGUCACCCAAGCCUGGCCAGACAUUCCACCGUGCCAACGCACCUUCAGCUGUGCGAACUGGUGGUUCUCUGCCAUUGCGUGCCUACGAGCCUGCCAUGGUUUCACCAAAUACCAUUGCGCAGACUACCAAACAGACUGUGUUCGAGAGGAAAGGACCACUAUCACCAAGCGGAGCAAUGACUCCGCAUACAGCUGGUGCAGUGCCUUAUUCGCCUUAUCAGCCCUUCACGCCAUGCAUGCCUGUGACACCUUCGCUUGUAACCAGGGAGGAUCGGAAGAGAAUGAAACGCAUGGUACCUAAGACACCGACAUUGGAGAUGGUUCAGAGUUCGGAUGACGUUUGGUAAACGAAAUGAUUGGAGUUUAUGAUUAUUUAAAGGGGCCUACAUUGCAUUGUUUCCUUUGAUGUCGUUGAUAUCAAGACAUAGGGGUCUUCUUAGUUGGGGUUUACAGUAUUUGGUUAGAGCUGGCCCAUGGGCUUGCGGGGAUGUAGUAACGGCCGCAAGGACCAGAACAUUGCUAUUUGCAUAAAAUAUUCACCUGUAUAUCAUUUGUUUCUACCAAAUCGACUUACUUUAUGAGUUUACGUUGUUUUCGAACCUGUAGCGUCACACAACAGACGCGGUGUUUUCCAUCUAAUGUUACGCAGGCGCUAAUAUCUAGUAUCAACUCUACGAUCUCAAGAUCUUGAAUCGCCAAUCGGAACAAUUAACAAGAUGCAUGUGAUGAUACUUAAAAAGCAACAAGCGUUAAAACUAGAGGGUAACGCAAGGUUGAUCGUUUGAUCAUCGGGAUGGAUUGGGGAUAGUUAGGAGGAGGAUUUAAUAUUGAGAUCAGGAUCAUUUGGUGGCGGCGGGGACCAUCUGGGAAGCGAGGAUAGUGGCUCAGGAGCUGAAAGCUGAGUCCAAGACAUGCAAGAAUAGCCUGCGUUGUGUAACCCGAACUGAUCUUCCGUUCAACGCGGAUUGGCAGGGCGUCAAUAGUUCGGUAUCUGUAUGUAGCUAUCCGUCGCACAGUACCUGAGAGGGUUGCACCAGACGGGACAUGACAGAUUCGAGGGAUUGAUAUCCAGGUUGUUUCGGAUUCUUCACAAUGCA